AUGGGUGCCUGUUUUUCUUUGUCUCCUGUCAUUGGCCCCAAAUUACCUGUGUCUGGUGGGAACAUUGGACCUCCAUCAGACCUCCAGCUUUGCCAGCUGAACUCCACGUCCGACUUAGACCUAAUGAAGACUGGGGGAACGGCCAACCCUCCUCCCUUCAAACCCGACAGGCUGUCCCCCCCGGCCCACAGGGUGGAGCUCCUCGCCCCAGCCAAGGUGAAGGAGCGCACACAGAACGUCAAAGAGAAGGUCACACAGGUAGGGUGGUGUGUGUGUGUGUAUAUAUAUAAGUAUAGUAAAAAAACGUAUACAGUGCCUUCAGAAAGUAUUCACACCCCUUUUCCACAUUCUGUUGUGUUACAGCCUGAAUUAAAAUUGAUUAAAUUGAGUUUUUAUGUCACUGGCCUACACACAAUAGCCCAUAAUGUCAAAGUGGAAUUAUGUUUUUAGACAUUUUUACAAAUUAAUAAAAAAUGUCAAGCUGAAAUGUCUUGAGUCAGUAAGUAGUCAACCCCUUUGUUAUGGCAAGCCUAAAUAAGUUCAGGAGUAAACAUUUGCUUAACAAGUCACAUAAUAAGUUGCCUGUGCAAUAAGUGUUUGACAUGAUUUUAGAAUGGCUACCUCAUCUCUGGACCCCACACAUAAAAUUAUCUAUAAGGUCCCGCAGUUGAGCAGUGAAUUUCAAACAAAGAUUCAACCACAAAGGCCAGGGAGGUUUUCCAAUGCCGCGCAAAGAAGGGCACCUAUUUGUAGCUUUUAAUUUAAAAAAUAUAUAUAUACAUUGAAUGGCCCUUUGAGCAUGGUGAGGUUAAUAAUUACACUUUGGAUGGUGUAUAAAUACACCAAGUCACUGCAAAGAUACAGGCAUCCUUCCUAACUCAGUUGCCGGAGACGAAGGAAACCGCUCAGGGAUUUCACCAUGAGGGAAAUGGUGACUUUAAAAAAGUUAGUUUAUUAAUGGUUGUGAUAAGAGAAAACUGAGGAUGGAUCAACAACAUGACCUAAAUACUAAACUAAAUGACAGAAUGAAAAGAAGGAUUCCUGUAGAGAAUACAUGCAUCCUGUUUGCAAUAAGGCACGAAAGUAAAACUGCAAACAAAUGAACUUCAUGUCCUAAAUACGAAGUGUUAUGUUUGGGGCAAAUCCAACAGAACACAUCACUGAGUACCACUCUUCAUAUUUUCAAGCAUGGUGGUGGCUGCAUCAUGUUAUGGAUAUGCUUGUCAUUGGCAAGGACUAGGGUGUUUUUUUGGAUAAAAAUAAAUGGAAUAGAGCUCAGCACAGGCAAAAUCCUAGAGGAAAACCUGGUUUAGUCUGCUUUCCAGACACUAAUCUGCUUUUUAGCAGGACAAUAACCUAAAACACAAGGCCAAAUAUACACUCGAGUUGCUUACCAAGACGGCAUUGAAUGUUCCUGAGUAGCGUAGAUAGUUUUGACUUAAAACGGCUUGAAAAUCAAUGGCAAGACUUGAAAAUGGCUGUCUAGCAAUGAUCAACAACCAACUUGACAGAGCUAGAAGAAUUUUAAAAAGAAUAAUGUGCAAAUAUUGUACAUUCCAGGUGUGCAAAGCUCUUAGAGACUUACCCAGAAAGACUCUCAGCUCUAAACGCUGCCAAAGGUGAUUCUAACAUGUAUUGACUCAGGGGUGUGAAUACUUAUGUAAAUGAGAUAUUUCUGUAUUUCAUUUUCAAUUCAUUUGCAAAAUGUUCUAAACAUGUUUUCACUUUGUCGUCAUGGGGUAUUUAAUCCGUUUUUAAUUCAGGCUGUAACCAACAAAGUGGAAAAAUUCAAGGGGUAUGAAUAUUUCUGAAGGCACUGUAAGUUUGUGUGUGUGUGUGUGUGUGUGUGUAUAUAUACAGUGGGGGAAAAAAGUAUUUAGUCAGCCACCAAUUGUGCAAGUUCUCCAACUUAAAAAGAUGAGAGAGGCCUGUAAUUUUCAUCAUAGGUACACGCCAACUAUAACAGACAAUAUGUGAAAAAUUCCAGAAAAUCACAUUGUAGGAUUUUUAAUGAAUUUAUUUGCAAAUUAUGGUGGAAAAUAAGUAUUUGGUCAAUAACAAAAGUUUCUCAAUACUUUGUUAUAUACCCUUUGUUGCCAAUGACACAGGUCAAAUGUUUUCUGUAAGUCUUCACAAGAUUCUCACACACUGUUGCUGGUAUUUUGGCCCAUUCCUCCAUGCAGAUCUCCUCUAGAGCAGUGAUGUUUUGGGGCUGUCGCUGGGCAACACAGACUUUCAACUCCCUCCAAAGAUUUUCUAUGGGGUUGAGAUCUGGAGACUGGCUAGGCCACUCCAGGACCUUGAAAUGCUUCUUACGAAGCCACUCCUUCGUUGCCCGGGUGGUGUGUUUGGGAUCAUUGUCAUGCUGAAAGACCCAGCCACGUUUCAUCUUCAAUGCCCUUGCUGAUGGAAGGAGGUUUUCACUCAAAAUCUCACGAUACAUGGCCCCAUUCAUUCUUUCCUUUACACGGAUCAGUCGUCCUGGUCCCUUUGCAGAAAAACAGCCCCAAAGCAUGAUGUUUCCACCCAAUGCUUCACAGUAGGUAUGGUGUUCUUUGGAUGCAACUCAGCAUUCUUUGUCCUCCAAACACGACGAGUUGAGUUUUUACCAAAAAGUUAUAUUUUGGUUUCAUCUGACCAUAUGACAUUCUCCCAAUCCUCUUCUGGAUCAUCCAAAUGCACUCUAGCAAACUUCAGACGGGCCUGGACAUGUACUGGCUUAAGCAAGGGGACACGUCUGGCACUGCAGGAUUUGAGUCCCUGGCGGCGUAGUGUGUUACUGAUGGUAGGCUUUGUUACUUUGGUCCCAGCUCUCUGCAGGUCAUUCACUAGGUCCCCCGUGUGGUUCUGGGAUUUUUGCUCACCGUUCUUGUGAUCAUUUUGACCCCACGGGGUGAGAUCUUGCGUGUAGCCCCAGAUCGAGGGAGAUUAUCAGUGGUCUUGUAUGUCUUCCAUUUCCUAAUAAUUGCUCCCACAGUUGAUUUCUUCAAACCAAGCUGCUUACCUAUUGCAGAUUCAGUCUUCCCAGCCUGGUGCAGGUCUACAAUUUUGUUUCUGGUGUCCUUUGACAGCUCUUUGGUCUUGGCCAUAGUGGAGUUUGGAGUGUGACUCUUUAAGGUUGUGGACAGGUAUCUUUUAUACUGAUAACAAGUUCAAACAGGUGCCAUUAAUACAGGUAACGAGUGGAGGACAGAGGAGCCUCUUAAAGAAGAAGUUACAGGUCUGUGAGAGCCAGAAAUCUUGCUUGUUUGUAGGUGACCAAAUACUUAUUUUCCACCAUAAUUUGCAAAUAAAUUCAUUAAAAAUCCUACAAUGUGAUUUUCUGGAUUUUCUUUUCUCAAUUUGUCUGUCAUAGUUGACGUGUACCUAUGAUGAAAAUUACAGGCCUCUCUCAUCUUUUUAAGUGGGAGAACUUGCACAAUUGGUGGCUGACUAAAUACUUUUUUUCCCCACUGUGUGUGUGUGUAUAUAUAUAUAUAUAUAUAUAUAUAUAUAUAUAUAUAUAUAUAUAUAUAUAUAUUUAAGUAUACCUGAGGAUUCUGUCUCGCUGUGUUGUGAAUCUCAGAUAGCAACAUUUGAGUUGGCUUAUCAGAGUUUGGUAUUGUGAGACAGCGGAAGCACUUGGAAUUAUUGUCAUCAUGAACAUCUUAAUUUCAUAUGAAGUUACACAUAGCAGUCAAUUUGUCUAGUUAGUAAUAUCACAUCAUAUUUCGUAUCCUGUCAUAUAAUAGUAGGCAUAAUUUCCACUAUAGGGACAGGGGAAUAGUGUAGAAAUGUAGAAACUAGAUAGUGUAGAAAUGUCAGAAAUUAGCAUAAAAUGACAAACACAUUAAUAUGCCAUUUAGCAGACGCUUUUAUCCAAAGCGACUUACAGUCAUGCGUGCAUACAUUUUUGUGUAUGGGUGGUCCCGGGGAUCGAACCCACUACCCUGGCGUUACAAGCGCCAUGCUCUACCAGCUGAGCUACAGAGGACCACUACAUUCUAGGGGAAGGUCUCCCCCUCCCCACUAACACAUUCCAAAUCAAAUUUACACCACUUACAUGGAUAACAGAGCUGUCUCCGAUUGCUCACUGAAUUUACUUGUUCAACGUGGUGCUUUGUUAGUGUAUUGAGAUUUGUCCUCUAACCCGUGAGUCAUACUGACUUGGCACCCUACAGGGAAAUCAUUGAUGCCUGGUAUCAGUAUUAGGGCACGUGGGAGGCAAUGUGGUUGACACGCUAGUGGAAAAAUCACUACUUGGGUUGAAUAGAUGUUAUAUCUCCUGUGUGUGGAGAAUGGCUGGCUGCCACUGUCCAAUCUAUGCCUGCUGGAGCCCCAGGGACAGUAUCCUGGAUCAGUGCCAUGGUAUAAUGUGUGUUUGAUAUCAGUGAAGGACAACAGGGUGUUGUUUUGUACUGUGCAGUCCAUAAUGUAUGUAUGGGACCCAUGGCCAUGACUGUUGACCUUUGUGUCAAAGGGUGAUUAGCUCAUUUAAUUGAAUCCAAUUGAAAUGGACAUCAACUUAAAGGCUUUAUAGAGCAUUCAUAAAGUCUCCAUGAGCCAUAUAUAAUAAUAAUAAUAUAAUAUGCCAUUUAGCAGACGCUUUUAUCCAAAGUGACUUACAGUCAUGCGUGCAUAAAUUUUUGUGUAUGGGUGGUCCCGGGGAUCGAACCCACGACCUUGGCGUUACAAGCGCCGUGCUCUACCAGCUGAGCUACAGAGGACCACAUAUAUAUAUAUAUACACUGCUCAAAAAAAUAAAGGGAACACUAAAAUAACACAUCCUAGAUCUGAAUGAAUGAAAUAAUCUUAUUAAAUACUUUUUCUUUACAUAGUUGAAUGUGCUGACAACAAAAUCACACAAAAAUUAUCAAUGGAAAUCAAAUUUAUCAACCCAUGGAGGUCUGGAUUUGGAGUCACCCUCAAAAUUAAAGUGGAAAACCACACUACAGGCUGAUCCAACUUUGAUGUAAUGUCCUUAAAACAAGUCAAAAUGAGGCUCAGUAGUGUGUGUGGCCUCCACGUGCCUGUAUGACCUCCCUACAACGCCUGGGCAUGCUCCUGAUGAGGUGGCAGAUGGUCUCCUGAGGGAUCUCCUCCCAGACCUGGACUAAAGCAUCCGCCAACUCCUGGACAGUCUGUGGUGCAACGUGGCGUUGGUGGAUGGAGCGAGACAUGAUGUCCCAGAUGUGCUCAAUUGGAUUCAGGUCUGGGGAACGGGCGGGCCAGUCCAUAGCAUCAAUGCCUUCCUCUUGCAGGAACUGCUGACACACUCCAGCCACAUGAGGUCUAGCAUUGUCUUGCAUUAGGAGGAGGAACCCAGUGCCAACCGCACCAGCAUAUGGUCUCACAAGGGGUCUGAGGAUCUCAUCUCGGUACUUAAUGGCAGUCAGGCUACCUCUGGCAAGCACAUGGAGGGCUGUGCGGCCCCCCAAAGAAAUGCCACCCCACACCAUGACUGACCAACCGCCAAACCGGUCAUGCUGGAGGAUGUUGCAGACAGCAGAACGUUCUCCACGGCGUCUCCAGACUCUGUCACGUCUGUCACAUGUGCUCAGUGUGAACCUGCUUUCAUCUGUGAAGAGCACAGGGUGCCAGUGGCGAAUUUGCCAAUCUUGGUAUUCUCUGGCAAAUGCCAAACGUCCUGCACGGUGUUGGGCUGUAAGCACAACCCUCACCUGUGGACAUCGGGCCCUCAUACCACGCUCAUGGAGUCUGUUUCUGACCGUUUGAGCAGACACAUGCACAUUUAUGGCCUGCUGGAGGUCAUUUUGCAGGGCUCUGGCAGUGCUCCUCCUGCUCCUCCUUGCACAAAGGCGGAGGUAGCAGUCCUGCUGCUGGGUUUUUGCCCUCCUACGGCCUCCUCCACGUCUCCUGAUGUACUGGCCUGUCUCCUGGUAGCGCCUCCAUGCUCUGGACACUACGUUGACAGACACAGCAAACCUUCUUGCCACAGCUCGCAUUGAUGUGCCAUCCUGGAUGAGCUGCACUACCUGAGCCACUUGUGUGGGUUGUAGACUCCGUCUCAUGCUACCACUAGAUUGAAAGCACCGGCAGCAUUCAAAAGUGACCAAAACAUCAGCCAGGAAGCAUAGGAACUGAGAAGUGGUCUGUUGUCACCACCUGCAAAACCAGUCCUUUAUUGGGGGUGUCUUGCCUAUAAUUUCCACCUGUUGUCUAUUCCAUUUGCACAACAGCAUGUGCAAUGUAUUGUCAAUCAGUGUUGCUUCCUAAGUGGACAGUUUGAUUUCACAGAGGUGUGAUUGACUUGGAGUUACAUUGUGUUGUUUAAGUGUUCCCUUUAUUUUUUUGAGCAGUGUAUAUAUAUAUAUAUAUAUAUAUAUAUUGAACAAAAAUAUAAACGCAACAUGCAACGAUUUCACUGAGUUACAGUUCAUAUAACGAAAUCAGUCAAUUGAAAUAAAUUCAAUAGGCCCUAAUCUAUUGAUUUCACAUGACUGGGCAGGGAUGCAGCCAUGGGUGGGCCUGGGAGGGCAUAGACUUGCCCACCCACUGGGGAGCAAGGCCCAGCCAAUCAGAGUGAGUUUUUCCCCACAAAAGGGCUUUAUUACAGACAGAAGUACUCCUCAGUUUCAUCAGCUGUCCGGGUGGCUGGUCUCAGGUGAUCCUGCAGGUGAAGAUGCCGGAUGUGGAGGUCCUGGGCUGGCGUGGUUACACAUGGUCUGCAGAUGUGAGGCCGGUUGGACGUACUGCCAAAUUCUCUAAAACGACAUUCAAUUCUCUGGCAACAGCUCUGGUGGACAUUCCUGCAGUCAGCAUGCCAAUUGCACGCUCCAAAACUUGAGACAUCUGUGGCAUUGUGUUUGACAAAACUGCACAUUUUAGAGUGGCCUUUUAUUGUCCCCAGCACAAGGUGCACCUGUGUAAUGAUCAUGCUGUUUAAUCAGCUUCUUGAUAUGCCACACCUGUCAGGGGGAUGGAUUAUCUUGGCAAAGGGAUGUAAACAAAUUUGUGCCCAACUUCUUAGAGAAAUAAGCUUUUUGUGCAUUUCUGUGACCUUUUAUUUCAGCACAUAUGACCAACACUUUACAUGUUGCGUAAAUAUUUUUGUUCAGUAUAAUUUCCGACAUUGUGGUAGGCUAUUCGUUAGUCAACUACUUGUAGCUUCUCUUCUGUCUUAUGUUGCCCUAUAUGACUAAUAAACCCUUGCUUACCAGAAUAAUGUCAUAAAUGAUAGAAGGAAUGCUUCAAUUUAGUUGACAUCGGUAAUGUUUUUUUCUGUCAUCUCUGCUUCUUUCACGGAGCAAAGACACGUAGGGACCAGGGAGAAAAUGCAAUAAAUAACUCAACAAAAGAAAUUGAAAUAGUAAGCCGUGAAAACGACUCAACAUGUUUCUGAAAAGAUUUCAUUUGGGCUUGGAUGCAUAUUUUAUGUGGUUAAAAUACUAUCAGCUUUCAUGAUGCUGAUAAAGAUAGCACCUCUACAGACGUAUCUAACUGCACAUUCGUAUUCUCUCAAUAUGCUGAAUGAAAUAAAUAUUUCUCUACUCCUGUUCCCGAGUCAAAAUGUACAUUUGAUGCUUAAUUCUGCAGGAGUUAAUAUUAAGGAUAUGUGAGAGGUUAUAGACAUACAGUCAGUGUCCAGAUUUCAGUUUCCAUUUAACCCAUUUGAACAGUAGGCUAAAGUUCCCGUGACGUGCCAUAGGCCUAUUUGAAGUCCCCAUCUUGUGACUGUCGAAUUUGCAAAGCGCCUCACAAUCAUCACACAUACUGUAACAUAGGCAUUGCUAUCAUCCUCGGUUUCCAUUAUGCCAAAUCUUUCCCAAACAUUACUUUUCUGGCCCUCCCUUCUCUUUAUUUUCAACACUCCUUUUCGCAGCUUUUCUCUUACUGAAUUAAACUCCAACAUUGUCCUUUUGGCCACAGUGGAUCAAGGUUAACUUUUUCUGCCGGUUUCAAAAAGCGUUUGGCGAUUGGCAUGUAGGCUAUUUGGCACAUGUAAAGUUAGGCCCUAAAGAUUACGCACUAAUGCCAGAUAGCCUAAAAAUUAUGAAAAUAAAACCUAAAUGAUAGUUAUAAAUUGCACAACAAUAUAUUGUUUUCUCUUAAUUCAAUGGGUUUCUAGAUGUUCGCGUUAUAUAUCCACCCCAACCAACAACCCUAUGUUAAUGUUUGCCUAAAGUAACCAUCUGUCUUAUGUAACCAUACCAAACGUAACAUAUCAUACUAAUUUAAGUGCCGGAUUUACAUUUACUAUGUUACGUCUAGUCUGAGACCAGGCUGGGCCCGCAGUUACAGUGAGGGGAAAAAAGUAUUUGAUCCCCUGCUGAUUUUGUACGUUUGCCCACUGACAAAGACAUGAUCAGUGUAUAAUUUUAAUGGUAGGUUUAUUUGAACAGUGAUAGACAUAAUAACAACAAAAAAAUCCAGAAAAACGCAUGUCAAAAAUGUUAUAAAUUGAUUUGCAUUUUAAUGAGGGAAAUAAGUAUUUGACCCCUCUGCAAAACAUGACUUAGUACUUGGUGGCAAAACCCUUGUUGGCAAUCACAGAGGUCAGACGUUUCUUGUAGUUGGCCACCAGGUUUGCACACAUCUCAGGAGGGAUUUUGUCCCACUCCUCUUUGCAGAUCUUCUCCAAGUCAUUAACGUUUCGAGGCUGACGUUUGGCAACUCGAACCUUCAGCUCCCUCCACAGAUUUUCUAUGGGAUUAAGGUCUGGAGACUGGCUUGGCCACUCCAGGACCUUAAUGUGCUUCUUCUUGAGCCACUCCUUUGUUGCCUUGGCCAUGUGUUUUGGGUCAUUGUCAUGUUGGAAUACCCAUCCACAAACCAUUUUCAAUGUCCUGGCUGAGGGAAGGAGGUUCUCACCCAAGAUUUGACGGUACAUGGCCCCGUCCAUCGUCCCUUUGAUGCGGUGAAGUUGUCCUGUCCCCUUAGCAGAAAAACACCCCCAAAGCAUAAUGUUUCCACCUACACGUUUGAUGGUGGGGAUGGUGUUCUUGAGGUCAUAGGCAGCAUUCCUCCUCCUCCAAACACAGCGAGUUGAGUUAAUGCCAAAGAGCUCGAUUUUGGUCUCAUCUGACCACAACACUUUCACCCAGCUCUCCUCUGAAUCAUUCAGAUGUUCAUUGGCAAACUUCAGACGGGCCUGUAUAUGUGCUUUCUUGAGCAGGGGGACCUUGUGGGCGCUGCAGGAUUUCAGUCCUUCACGGCGUAGUGUGUUUCCAAUUGUUUUCUUGGUGACUAUGGUCCCAGCUGCCUUGAGAUCAUUGACAAGAUCCUCCCGUGUAGUUCUGGGCAGAUUCCCCACCGUUCUCAUGAUCAUUGCAACUCCACGAGGUGAGAUCUUGCAUGGAGCCCCAGGCCAAGGGAGAUUGACAGUUAUUUUGUGUUUCUUCCAUUUGCGAAUAAUCGCACCAACUGUUGUCACCUUCUCACCAAGCUGCUUGGCGAUGGUCUUGUAGCCCAUUCAAGCCUUGUGUAGGUCUACAAUCAUGUCCCUGACAUCCUUGGAGAGCUCUUUGGUCUUGGCCAUGGUGGAGAGUUUGGAAUCUGAUUGAUUGAUUGCUUCUGUGGACAGGUGUCUUUUAUACAGGUAACAAACUGAGAUUAGGAGCACUCCCUUUAAGAGUGUGCUCCUAAUCUCAGCUCGUUAUCUGUAUAAAAGACACCUGGGAGCCAGAAAUCUUUCUGAUUGAGAUGGGGUCAAAUACUUAUUUCCCUCAUUAAAAUGCAAAUAAAUGUAUAACAUUUUUUACAUGCGUUUUUCUGUAUUUUUUUGUUGUUAUUCUGUUUCUCACUGUUCAAAUAAACCUACCAUUAAAAUUAUAGACUGAUAAUUUCUUUGUCGGUGGGCAAACAUACAAAAUCAGCAGGGGAUCAAAUACUUUUUUCCCUCACUGUAUAACCGUGGGGACAGCGGGUUAUGAGUCAACCCGAGCAUUACUAGUCAGUAUUAUGUUUGUUUGUGGGGGUGGGGCACUCAUGAGAGGCAGGACCACAUGCUGCUUUGAACAACAGUUUAUGCAAAUCAGCCAGUUCAGACUUCCACCAGAUGGGAGAGUAUUUGAGGAGAAGUCAGUUUGUAAACACAGGUGUUCCCCCUAUCUCACAUCAGAUUAUGUUUAUAAUCAGAGACAAGGUUACCAGACAGCAAGAUCCCUCAUUCCUCUCCAACUAUAAAUGUGAAUGGGCGAAAAUACUUUUCUAUGUGAUCUGGAGUUCAUUAGCGACACUAUUGCUAUGCUGGGAUUGUGAUACAGAGAAUAGUUGAUUACUUUGUCCAUAAGAGCUGGUCUGGAUGGCUUUGUUAAGGCGGUAAAAUGUGGUAAAUUAGUUAAUAGACCAAUAAGAAAGAGUUCCAAAACUCUCUGCCAAUAAAAACUAGUUUUCAGUUUUCCCCUCCCCACUCAGACCACUCCGACAGUCCUAGCAAAAUUCUUGCUUGUGAAUUUGCUCUUUGCUAAGAAGCUAUUUUUGUUUCUUUUUGACCAUUUUAAUUGAAAACAAUCACAAUAAGGUACUUAAUUGUUACCCAGAAAUCAUUUGAUAAUUAGAUAAAAACAGCUGCAUCGGACCUUUAAAGGACAAAUUCAGUCAUUUUUAUAUUGACAUUUAUUUUGGCCCUGAAAAUCUAUGGGCUAGGAUAAACUGUAAUCCACUGUUGGUUUAAAUAGCCAACUUCAACUAACUUUAGCCACGGCUAACCAAAAACACAAUAGGAUUAAAUGGGGAAACGAUGACAGAGGAUAUUUACAAAACCUAAAUAUAUAUAUUUUUUAAAGUGAAUACAAUAGACAGAAAUGUACAUCAAUGGGAGUAUAAACGAGCCUAUUUCAAUCUCACCCUGUAUGUAACAUGUUAUGUACAGUCCCUUUAGAAAGUAUUUAUACCCCUUGACUUACAGCUGUGUGUCUUUCUGGGUAAGUCUCUAAGAGCUUUCCACACCUGGACUGUGCAACAUUUAUUAAAAACAUUAUUCAAGCUCAGUCAAAUUGGUUGAUCAUUGCUAGACAAACAUUUUCAGGUCUUGCCCUAGAUUUGUAAGAAUAUUUAAGUCAGAACUGUAACCCGGACACUCAGGAACAUUCACUGUCCUUAUUCACAGGUUAUUGUCCUGCUGAUGGAAAGCAGACUGAACCAAGUUGUCGUCUAGGUUUUUUCUGUGUUUAGCGCCAUUCUGUUUCUUUUUUAACCUGAAAACUCCCCAAUCCUUAACGAUUACAAGCAUAUCCAUAACUAUGCUGGAAAAUAUGGAGUGAUCCUCAGUAAUGUGUUGUAUUGGAUUUUCCCCAAACAAAACACUUUUUAUUCAGGACAAAAAGUUAAUUGUUUAGCAAUUAUUUUUUUUAGUAUUACUUUAGUGCCUUGUUGCAAACAGGAAUAUUUGUAUUCUGUACAGGCUUCCUGCUUUUCAUUCUGCCAAUUAGGUUAGUGUUGUGGAGUAACUACAAUGUUGUUGAUCCAUCCUCAGUUUUCUCAUAUCACAGCCAUUAAACUCUGUAACUGAUUUAAAUUCACAAUUGGCCUCAGUGUGAAAUCCCUGAGCGGUUUUCUUCCUCUUCGGCAACUGAGUUAGGAAGGACGACUGCAUCUUUGUAGUGACUGGGUGUAUUGAUACACCAGACAAAGUGUAAUUAAUAACUUCACCAUGCUCAAACGGAUAUUCAAUGUCUGCUUUUUUUGUAACCCAUCUACCAAUAGGUGCCCUUCUUUGCAAGAUAUUGGAAAACCUCCCUGGUCUUUGUGGUUGAAUGUGUUUGAAAUUCACUGCUCGACCGAGGGACCUGAUAUAUGGGGUACAGAGAUGAGGUAGUCAUUCACUAUUAUUGCACACAGAGUGAGUCCAUGCAACUUAUUAUGUGACUUGUUAAGCAACGUUUUACUCCUGAACUUAUUUAGGCUUGCCAUAACAAAGGGUUUGAAUACUUAUUGACUCAAGACAUUUCAGCUUUUAAUUUGUAAAAAUGUCUAAAAACAUAAUUCCACUUUGACAUUAUGGAUUAUUGUGUGUAGGCCAGUGACAAAAAAAUAUAAAUGUAAUCCAUUUUAAAUUCAGGAUGUAACACAACAAAAUGUGGAAAAGGUCAGUGAAUACUUUCUGAAGGCACCGUAUCCGUUUACUGAGAAAAGCAAUACAUGGACAUAUACACAAUCAAUAGGCUACAGCAGGUUGCACUACUUGCCUUCAAAUCGAAUUAACAAAUUAAUAAGUAUUGAUUAGUAAUUGGUGUGCGAGCACUUGCUGAAUGCCUCGGGCCCCACUCUAUGCGGAUGAAUCACUCCAAUGUAAUUCGGAUCUCUGUUAGGUUCUGUCUCUGGGUGCUGACGUCCUGCCGGAGUACAAAAUCAAGGCCCCGGUCACCCACUCAUGGACCAUGCUGCACUACAGCCCUGUCAAAGCGGCAUGGGACUGGGUCAUCCUCCUCCUGGUCCUCUACACAGCCCUCUUCACCCCCUACUCGGCAGCCUUCCUAUUGGAUGAGCACGGGGACUCGCUGCGGCGGCGUUGCGGCUAUACCUGCAAUCCUCUAAACGUGGUGGACCUCAUGGUGGAUGUGCUGUUCAUCGUGGAUAUCGGGAUCAACUUUCGCACAACUUUCGUCAACCCUAACGACGAGGUGGUGACCCAGCCGGGGAAGAUCGCCGUGCAUUACCUUAAGGGGUGGUUCGCCAUCGACCUGGUGGCCGCCAUACCCUUCGACCUGCUUAUCUUCCGAUCAGGGUCUGACGAGGUGAGAAUAAUGGAAGUGGGGAUGAAUAUUAAGCUUUUUGGUGGGCUAACACUUUACUUGAAGCCAACAGGUAUAAUGCAUUAUAAAGCAUUUAGGCCUUUAACUCAGUUGUGAUGUCUUCUUAAUAUCUCAUAAUGAUCCUGAGUAAAUACCAGCCAGAUAGGCAUAACAUAUUAUAACCCUUAUAAUAAGACAAUAUGAAGGUUCAUGCUUAUUUAGCAGACAUGAGUUGGACUCAUGGUCUCGUGAUGAGGUAACCAUGUCUGCGAUUUCAAAAUUGGCGUUGCCAUCAGUCUAAGACAGAAUUCCCUCUUGAUCUCAUGGUCAAGACGUUGGUAUCUCCCGUGGGAGAGCAGGGUUCAGAUCCCACUAGGGACACCAAGCAUGAAACCUUCCUGUGUUACCUAUUUACAACUACAUUUGCUUGUAAACUGUAGCCAUUUUCCCAUCAAUUCAUUCUGCUUCUCUUUUCCCAUCUUCUCGCUACUAUUCUCAAUAAAUGGCCACCUACUAAAGAUGGCCACCUUGAUUGGCCUGCUGAAAACAGCGCGGCUGCUUCGGUUGGUUCGUGUGGCGCGAAAGCUCGACCGCUACUCGGAGUACGGGGCCGCUGUCCUCUUCCUGCUCAUGUGUACCUUUGUGCUCAUCGCCCAUUGGCUGGCCUGUAUCUGGUAUGCUGUCGGCUACGUGGAGAGGCCUUACACGGAGACUGGUUGGCUGGACAACCUGGCUGAGCAGCUGGGCAAGGCAUACAACGCCAGUGAACCUGGCUCGGGUCCGUCUGCUAAGGACUAUUACAUCACUGCACUCUACUUUACCUUCAGCAGCUUGACCAGUGUGGGCUUUGGGAACGUCUCCCCCAACACCAACUCAGAGAAGCUCUUCUCCAUCUGUGUUAUGGUUAUUGGCUGUAAGUCCUUAAAUGUUCAAUUUACUCAGACCACAUUCACAAUCCAUACACACUGCAUUCAUAAGUAGUAAAUUUUCAUAAAUACUUAUGUCAACAACUGUUGAUAAUAUUUUUGUUAUGCCACGGUUAUGUAAUUUAUACUGCAUUAUCAACAUGCGAUUGUUGACAUAAGCCUUUAUAAGCCCCAUUGGCUCCUCCUCAUCCUCCAGCUCUCAUGUACGCCAGCAUCUUUGGAAACGUGUCGGCCAUCAUCCAGCGCCUAUACUCAGGGACAACGCGCUACCACACCCAGAUGCUGCGGGUCAAGGAGUUUAUCCGCUUCCACCAGAUCCCCAACGGGCUUCGCAACCGCCUGGAGGAGUAUUUCCAGCACGCCUGGUCCUACACCAAUGGCAUUGACAUGAAUGCAGUGAGUAGAAAACUGGCCACCAAACUUGUAAGAAACACUUUUUUCGGUAACGCUUUACGUAAAACCUGCAGGUAUAAUGCAUUAUGAUGCAGGUAUAAUGCAUUGUAAGACUUGUCAUGAGCAUGUAUGACCUCCUUAUGUAUUAUCCUGUCAUCAUGAUCCUGACUAAAUACCAGCCAUUUUCAGUAGGUUAAUGUGUAGUACAUUGAGAAAGAACAUAUUAUAAGCCUUAUAAGAAAUUAUAAAGGCUACAUGCUUAUAACAUGUUAUAAAAAAAGAAUUAUACCUGUAGACUUUACGUAAAGUGUUACCUUAUGGUCAACAAAUCUAUUCAAAUCCCCAAGGCAUUGUCCAGUGUAAUAUACUGCAGUGCUGAAAAAACUCAUUUUACAUUGAGAAGCACUUUAAAUGCCCUAUAGCAAAAUUACUGAUAUUGACAUUUUAUAUUGACUUUCAAUCUUCCUCUUCCUCCCAAGGUGCUGAAGGGUUUUCCAGAGUGCUUGCAGGCUGAUAUAUGUCUGCACCUGAACCGCAGUCUGCUACAAAACUGCAAGGCGUUCCGGGGGGGCAGCAAGGCCUGUCUGCGGGCUCUGGCAAUGCGCUUCAAGACUGUACAUGCCCCGCCAGGGGAUAUCCUCAUCCACUCUGGAGACAUCCUCAACUCUCUCUACUUCAUCACUCGCGGUACCAUCCAGAUCACCCAUGAUGAUGUCGUGGUGGCCAUACUGGGUAAGGAAGGCUAUGCAAUCUACUGUUUCAUAUGUCAUUGACUUUAGCUAUAUGUUACGGUCAUUGAGGUCUUUCAAACUAUUUUAGAAAUGUAAAUGUAGUUUCUGAAGAUCAUUCUCCUUCUCAUGUCUUUAUGGUUAUUUUCUGAUUUUAUUGAACAGAUACAGAUAUAGAAUGACAGUGGGGAAGGAUAGUGAAGUUUUCAAAGGGCAGUAGGUCCGAUUCGAACCUAUGCCGACACCGUCGACGUGUGCUGGAGGCUGCGGCUAUGCUGCUAGACAAGCCAGACCACAGCUAAAUACAGUAUCCUCUUAAAUAGAUGUGAAUCAUAUACAGUAACUACAUCCUAUAGCUCAGCAUUCUUUAAAAUAACAGCCAUUUAUAAGUGAUGUUAUCCCCCUCAAUUUACUCUCAUUGUCCCCCUUCCUCCCUCUAUACUGUAGGGAAGAAUGACAUCUUUGGGGAGCCUAUCCACAUGUAUGCAGAGCCAGGCAAGUCCAACUCUGACGUGCGCGCCAUCACUUACUGUGACCUGCACCGGAUUCAGAGGGAUGACCUGCUCGAGGUUCUGGACAUUUACCCAGGCUUUUCCGACAACUUCUGGGCAAACUUGGAGUUCACCUUUGACCUAAGAGAUGUAAGAAGACACACACAUGUGGCUAAACUAAGAAAAUUGACACAUUUAUUGUUGAACAAGAUCUUUUUGUUUCACUGUGUCCAAUGAAAUGGGAUUGUUGGCACUGUAUCAGUGUAUUGGGAUGUGUUCAGUUUGUGUCUUGCUCUUUCUGUAUGUCUGGUAUCUGUCAGGCUGACCAGGUCCCACCAAUACUGUUGACUGAUGAUUCUGGUGAUGAUUGUGCAUACAGUCAUAGCAAGCCACGACACAGGGGACACUCCCUGGACUGUCGCAACGGUCCUGGUAAGUUAUUAAGUUGAUUAGUUAAAUCAGGGGCUGUAUGUAUCAAGCGAGCUAGCUGUAUGGACUUCUUUUUUAUGUUCUUGUGCUGCUUUGGACAGAUGGCAUGGACCAGGAUGACCCGUACCCCUACCGCCAACGCCAUUCGGCCCCACAGCCCCACUGGGAAGAGGGCUGCAGCUGUGAGUCGCCUUGCUCCCAGUCCAGCGAGGACCUAAACAAGCCCCUCCCCCACAGGGGCAAGGUGGAACUGUACCCUCCGGACAACGAUCGGCUGGACUACUCCCUCUCAGUGGUGCAGCUGAUGCCCCCUAGUGGCGCCACAGUGGGCAGAGAGGCCCCCAUGGACAGGGCUCAACCAGGUACAGUAUGAGCAGUAUGGGACCUUGUGGUAAAUUCUGUCCAUUGAAAUUGUAUGUUAUUUAGCAUUACUGGACCGGAGGGUUGCCGAUUUGAAUCCCAGAGAAGCAAAAAGACGUAUCAGUUGAUCAACAAUAAAAUUGUAUGUUAUUUUAACUCUGUAAAUGUUUCCAGCCACCUCUAACCUCUCACCGAACUUGUCUGGGUAUGUUCGAUACUGGCCAGAGAGGCAGUCGGCCCAGUACUCCAACAGGCAGUGGCGCUCCUCUUCGGUUCGGACCUCUUACCACCCGCCCCCAUUCACAGAGGAGAGGCCCAGUGAGCUGGAGUCCCGACUGAAACUACUACAGUCACAGCUCAACAGGUGAGAGGAACAACAUGGUUACUGUUACAAAACUCUCUUUUUAACAGUUGAGCCAGACAAACAGCUGAGCCUGCAAGUUUUAGCUUAUUUUCAAUUUACCUAGGGUGCACCGCUGGCUGACACAAUUCGCAUUGCAACAUGCUCCAAAAAUGCUAGCCAGGAGAUUCUGGAUGUUACUGAGCUGAAAUAAAAUGUUUCAUGAGCUGAAAUAAAAGCCCAGAAAUUUUCCAUACGCACAAAAACCUUAUUUCGCUCAAGUUUUGUGCACUAUUUGGUUUACAUCCCUGUUAGUGAGAAUUUCUCCUUUGCAUCCACCUGACAGGUUUGGCAUAUCAAGAAGCUGGUUAAACAGCAUGAUCAUUACACAUGUGCCACAUUCUUUUGAACUGAAUGUUCAUUUCUCUACCAUAAGCCACCUCCAACGUCGUUUUAGAGAAUUUGGCAGUACGUCCAACCGGCCUCACAACCGCAGACCACGUGUAACCACGCCAGCCCAGGACCUCCACAUCCCGCUUCUUCACCUGUAGGAUCGUCUCAGACCAGCUACCCGGACAGCAGAUGAAAGUGUGGGUUUGCACAACUGAAGAAUUUCUGCACAAAUGUCAGAAACCGUCUCAUGGAAGCUCAUCUGCGUGCUCGUCGUCCUCACCAGGGUCUUGACCUGACUGCAGUUCGGCAUCGUAACAUACUUCAGUGGGCAAAUGCUCACCUUGGAUGGCCACUAUCAGGCUGGAGAAGUAUGCUCUUCACGAAUGAAUCCCGGUUUCACCUGUACCGGGCAUAUGGCAGACAGCGUGUAUGGCGUUGUGUGGGCGAGCGGUUUGCUGAUGUCAAUGUUGUGAACAGAAUGACACAUGGUGGCGGUGGGGUUAUGGUAUGGGCAGGCAUAAGCUACGGACAAUGAACACAAUUGCGUUUUAUCGAUUGCAAUUUGAAUGCACAGAGAUACCGUGACGAGAUCCUGAGGCCCAUUGUCGUGCCAUUCAUCUGCCGCCAUCACCUCAUGUUUCAGCAUGAUAAUGCACGGCCCCACGAUGCAAGGAUCUGUACACAAUUCCUGGAAGCUGAAAAUGUCCCAGUUCUUCUCAUGGCCUGUAAACAUACCAGACAUGUCACCCAUUGAGCAUGUUUGGGAUGCUCUGAUUCGACGUGUUCGACAGCGUGUUCCAGUUCCUGACAAUAUCUUGCAAUUUCGCACAGCCAUUGAAGAAGAAUGGGACAACAUUCCACAGGCCACAAUCAACAGCCUAACCUACGCUGUAGGAGACCAAUGGUGGUCACACCAGAUACUGACUUUUCUGAUCCACACCCCUACCUUUUUUUUAAGGUAUCUGUGACCAAAAGAUGCAUAUCUGUAUUCUCAAUCAUGUGAAAUCCAUAUAUUAGGGCCUAAUGAAUUCAGUUCAAUUGACUGAUUUCCUUAUAGGAACUGUAACUCAGUAAAAUGUUUUCAUUUACCCCUUAAAAGGGAAAAUCUGCAAUUCAAACAAUAACAAAGCGGUUCCUAUACCCCCACUUCCCACAUUAACAAACUGGAGCUUAUGGAGUUAGACUGUAACUUUGACAAGAAAGACAUUCCACUUAGUUAUCUGGAAGGUCUUCAAUGGCAACAGUGAAAACAUGACUACUCAGUAACCCUCCUUUUCCUUCCCUCUUUCUGCCCCCUUUACCCCUCCAUUACCAGACUGGAGAUUCGAAUGACUGCCGAUAUCAACGUCAUCCUGCAGCUGCUCCAAAGGCAGAUAGCGCCGGUACCGCCCGCUUACAGCACUGUGUCAGCCACAGACUCACCAGGCCUAUAUGGGACAGGAGCGCCAGUGUUGCACACCAUGUACCAGAUCCCACCCAUACAAAUGGACAGCCAAGCAUCUAUGCAGGUAGGAAGUCUAUGAUACAUGGAGAGCAUGAUGGUGAACACAAAAAACAUCUGUCAAAGCACCUGAAACAUAUUCACAGAAGCUGUGUUAGUGUAGUUACUGUUGUUAAACCUCCAACCUGUGACUCAAUACUCACCCUUGAUUGUAUCGUUGUAGAGCUCUGGCCAGCCUGACCUCAAGUUACCCCUGAAAUCCCAGGAGUCGCUGUCCAGUGGUAUCCAGCUGACUGUAGAGUCCGACGACACCAUGUCCGUCACCCCGGAGAUGGAGCCAACCGAGUCACUCUCCCCCCAACCGACGGUCAAGCUGUCACUGUCUCUCAUGGAAACGCCCAGACUAAGUGGCAGCCUCCGCUUCCCCUCAUUGCCCGGGAACCUGGACGCCUCAGGGCAGGUGGAGAUCCAGAAACACCUCUCAGAUCCUGUGCUUCCUGUGACCUGA